UCGACGAAAUCAAUACACAAAUCAUGGAAAUCGAGAAAAUCAUUGGAGAGGACGAAGGAGUGGACGACGAGUCGUCCGAUGAUAUCGACGACUCGGUGUACGACCGGGCAGUGGAACUGGAGUUUACGCUACUGCCCAUCGCCCGACCCGUCGCUAAUACGUACAGUUUUAAUGAGUUGGAGACCAAUAAAUUGGCUGAACUUUUCAACGCCACCUCCUUUUUCAAAGAGUCGGCGCCUACAGCCGUGGUCUCGCAUAUCGAGACUGAACAGCAAUUAGGCCCAGUUAUGAGCAAAUUAUUUGAGGCACAGUUUCACCGAGUGAUCCAAAUGUCCAAAUCGAUCACCACAUUCAACAGUAUUAAUGAAAGUGACAAAAUCACCCUGAUUAAAGGCAGUGCACUAGACAUGUUCAACAUGCGUACAGUUCCCUAUUAUAGCCGCACUAAUCAGACCUGGACAAUUAUACUGCUAACAGCGAUAGUACUGUUUAAUCCGGAUCGACCCAAUCUUGAACACAAAGAGUUUGUUAAGCUACAACAGAAUACUUAUAUGUAUUUACUUCAGCGCUAUUUAGCCGUCAGAUAUCAGUCGCAAACUGAAUCCACUUUGAAAUUCUUGAAACUUUUAAAUUGUCUCAAAGAUUUGAAAGUUUUAAGUGAAAAUUUAAGACUCAGUAUGGAGAAUAAGGACCCUGAUCAUGUGCCACCACUCAUGAAGGAAAUCUUAAAUAUAAAUGAGAAAAAGUCGGACAAUACAUAUGACGGAUGUAUGGGCGCUACCGUCACCACCAAUAAUAUCAUUGUUUUCUAA